AUGGGCGGAAUUAUGGGCGGAACUAUGGGCACGCAAUCAAGCGCCCUUCCCUUCGGCGCAAACAGGAUAAGCGAUUAUGGAACGAAGAUCUCUUACGAUCCAACAUGGGAAGGUCCUCUGAAAGCGAAACGAACAGCCGAAAACAUACCCUUCGCAAUUGCUUAUUAUUUGUUCGUCGCCUUAUGGGUCGGAAUAGCUGUCUACGCGCUCGUGAACGGUGACGCCGAUAAGUACAGCGACUUCUACCGUACCUCCGAAGAUUUCGUUCUCAAACAAGGAUGGACUUUGGCCGUGAUAGUGCCUUUGGCCGCUUUUUUGUCGAUAUUGUACCUGUUCCUGUUGAGAAUCGCCGCCAAGCCCGUGGUCUACACGUCGAUCGCGUUGCUCUUCAUCAUGCUGUUCGCUAACGUGAUCCACCAGAGUUACUUGCUGUACUGCAAACAUUCGCACGUGCACAUAACCGGGUUCAUCUCGUCGAUCGUAGUGUUUAUCAUCCUCGUCGUUAUAUUCGUCCGGAAGCACAAGUUCAUCCCGAUGACCUGCGAAAUCGUUCGAGAGGCGUCCAAAGUUAUACUGGCCUUUCCGUUGAUGUUAUUUUUCUCGCUGGUACACUCCAUGCUGAUCGCGGCCUUCUUCAUCUUCGACCUGUCCUUAUUUUUCUGGAUCGAAUCGAUCGCCAGCGAAGACCACUAUCCGGCUUACUUGCCCUUCUUUCACCUCGUCAAUGCCUUGGCUCUCAUCUGGAUCUUCUGCCAUCUGCACGCAUUUUUUGUGGUGUGCGCGUCGGGAGCCUACGGCACCUGGUAUUGGACCAUGGACAAAAAGGAGGUGCCGUUCUUCACCACGCUGCGCUUCAUCUACAUCACGUUCAGGUUAUAUGAUUUCGCAAAAUCAGGAUAUCACAUAGGCCCGACGGCCUUUGGCUCGCUGAUCAUAACGGUUUGCACCAUACUGAACCUCCUGAUCGAACAGGUUUCACCGACAAACGCCGCCGUCGACGGAACUGCCGAUCUCGGCAGUGCCGGUUUGGCUUGCUGCAACGCCGCCAUGUACUGCAUCAGGGUCCUCGUCGAGGCGGUCACCGGCAUGGCUUACAUUCGCAUCGGGCAUCACGGCACCGGCCUCAUCGACGCGGGCCGAGAGGCGCUCACUCUCUUCCGAAGAAAUUACUUGAAGGUGGCCGUUAUCAAUGCGAUCGUGUUCGUUUUGGCCUAUUUUUUGAUUUUCGCGAUCUUCAUUGGUUCGCUUUUAUUAUUUUGGGGACUGCUGAGGUUGUCAUCGGUCGACGUCGAACAAAUAAUAUACCUAUUCGUCGUGCUUGCAAUUUGUCUCUUCAUAGUGAUCUGGUCAAUAGUUAAGUUACUUCAUACAGCUGUUGACAACAUCUUUUUGUGCAUGCUCGAAGAUUACGAGAUGAACGGCGGCAGCCAGAGACCUUACCACAUGUCGAAUAAGUUGAAAGAAUUAGUUCUCGAGAAUAGACUGGAGUAA